GCCCAGGGACACGUCGUUUUUGCGGCGCCGGAGACCACGCAAGCGCCUGAGCAUGGCUUCCGCGGACUCCCGGCGAAUGGGCAAUGGUGGCGGUGUCGGGGGCGCCUUCCAGCCCUAUCUAGACUCUUUGCGGCAGGAGCUGCAGCAGAGGGACCCGACGCUGGUGUCAGUCGUGGCGGCUCUUUUCGUGGUGCUGCUAACGCUGGUGUUCUGGAAGUUCAUCCGGAGCAGAAGGACCAGUCAAAGAGCCGUUCUUCUUGUUGGCCUCUGUGACUCCGGGAAAACAUUGCUCUUUGUCAGAUUGUUAACAGGCCUUUAUAGAGACACUCAGACUUCCAUCACCGACAGCUCUGCUGUGUACAGAGUCAACAAUUCCAGGGGCGCUAGUCUGACCUUGAUUGACCUCCCUGGCCAUGAGAGCUUGAGACUUCAGUUCUUAGAGCGGUUUAAAGCUUCAGCCCGGGCUGUUGUGUUUGUUGUGGAUAGUGCAAGCUUCCAGCGGGAGGUGAAAGAUGUAGCCGAAUUUCUGUAUCAAGUCCUCAUUGACAGCAUGGGUCUGAAGAACACACCAUCAUUCUUAAUUGCCUGCAAUAAGCAAGACAUUACAAUGGCAAAAUCAGCAAAGUUAAUUCAGCAGCAGCUUGAGAAAGAACUCAACACUUUACGAGUCACCCGCUCUGCUGCCCCCAGCACACUGGACAGCUCCAGCGCAGCCCCUGCUCAGCUGGGAAAGAAAGGCAAAGAAUUUGAAUUCUCACAGUUGCCCCUCAAAGUGGAGUUCCUGGAGUGUAGUGCCAAGGGUGGAAGAGGGGACGCUGGCUCUGCUGACAUCCAGGACUUGGAGAAAUGGCUGGCUAAAAUCGCCUGAGGGACAAAUCCAAACCGCAAGCCAUGAAUGUGAUGUGGUGAUGGACAGUUUUGAAAAAGGGUGUAGUUAGAAACAUUUCCUUGUUCUGGAAACAAAUUAUUGUUGAAUCUAGCUUGGAAUUUUUUUUAAGUUCAGUUCCCUUUAUUGCUUUCAAACUUGUCACUUUUAUUUGACUCGUGUGCCUUCCCUUUGUCAAAUUGUAUGUGACCUCCCUUCAGUGUAUGCUUGAUGUGGGUCAAGGUCUUUGUGACUGUAACAAGCAAACUCCACCUAGAGAAAAUCAUGAGAACAUGGUUAUCAUCUGGAAAGUCUUGUCAUCUUGUGCUUUCCUUCCCUUUUUCUUGUAAACAAAUCUGUCUGUGUAUGGAAACAGUUAAUUUCCAGUUACCCUUGAAGUUCAUGGACAGUACAUCAUCCAAUCCUUUGUGAAUUCUCAGACUUGUGCCUAUAAUUACAAUAUGGUCUCCCGACAUGUGGAGACAGGUAUAAAACAGCAAGGCUGUGUUGACAGUGAAUCUGUUCUUCAUCAGUUCAGUGACUUGUCCACACUCCACCCUCAUAGCACUUAAGUUUCAAAAACAUGUCAUGAACCCUUGGAGUGAAUCAUUCCCAAAUAGAACCGUAAGUACUAAAUCCCCAAAUUUCAAGGGUCUAGUGUGUUCUAGUGGUUUCCCGACUGGGGAGUAUGUGGAGAUUCAGAAGCUGUUGUGCUUUUCUGGGGGGCUGAGGGCUCCUGAGCUAUCUUCAUGUGCUGUUUGAUCAGUCCUGUUGUGUACUCUUAGCUAGAAUGCCAUGGAACAAAUACUAAGUGAAAGAAGUUCUCUGUGGGUUUUUAAUGUGCAUAUUCACUGAUGGUUAAAAAACAGUUGGCCUUUUCAAAGUGAUAAUUCUUUGCUGUCUUCUUAAAUGUAUGGCUUUUUUAUUGCUUUUAUAAAUUAUUAAUAUACUUCUUGGUAAAUAAAACAACCUAUUUGGCUGAAAGCAAUGAAA